AUGGCCGCCGUCCACGCCGCGCUCGUCGCCGCGGUCAUCGCCCACCGCGCCAUGGCGCUGCUCUCAGACUCCGCUGGAAGCGCGUCGUCCUGGUCCCGGCACGUGGCCAUGGCGCUGGCCGACCUGACGCUGCUCUUCCUGUGGGCGCUAUCGCAGUCGGGGCUGUGGCGUCCCGUCACGCGCGCCGCGUUCCCGGACCGGCUGCUGGAGGCGGUGCCCCGCGGCGCGCUCCCGCGCGUGGACGUGCUGGUGGUGACGGCCGACCCGGACAAGGAGCCGCCGCUCGGGGUGGUCAACACGGUGGUGUCAGCCAUGGCGCUGGACUACCCCGGCGGCGCUCUCAGCGUGUACCUGUCGGACGACGCCGGGUCGCCGCUCACGCUGCUCGCCGCCAGGAAGGCCUACGCCUUCGCCAGGGCCUGGGUGCCCUUCUGCAGGAGGCACUCCGUGCAGUGCCCGUGGCCCGACAGGUACUUCGCCGGCGACGACGCCCACGACGGCGGCGGAGGCGAUCGCCGGGAGGAGAUCGCCGAGGAGAGAACAAGAGUCAAGAAAUUAUACGAGAAGUUGAAAGCGGGCAUAGAGGCGGCCAAGAAGGACGAGAGUAUUUCCGGGAGCUGGACAAAAGCAAAACGCCAGGAUCACGAUGCUUACGUGGAGAUCAUCAGUACUAAGGGAGACGGCGUCGGCGACGAUGAGGAGGAGAUGCCGGCGCUGGUGUACGUAGCCCGCGAGAAGCGGAGAGCGUGGCCUCACCACUUCAAGGCCGGCGCUCUCAACGCCCUGCUGCGCGUGUCGGGCGUGGUGAGCAACGCGGCCUACGUGUUGGUCCUCGACUGCGACAUGUCCUGCAACAACCGCGCCUCCGCCAUGGAUGCCAUGUGCUUCCUCCUCGACCGCAGCCCGCCGGCGCCGCAGAACCUCGCCUUCGUGCAGUUCCCGCAGAUGUUCCACAACCUCAGCCACAACGACAUCUACACCAACGAGCUCAGAUACAUCUUCGGGACCCGAUGGUUCGGCCUGGACGGCGUCCGGGGUCCUCUCCUCUCCGGCACCGGCUUCUACGUCAGGAGAGACGCGCUGUACGGGGCCACGCCGCCGCCCGGGAGCACAGACUUUAGCUCCAUGGAUGCCGGCGAGCUCAAGACAAGGUUCGGCCACUCCGACUGUCUCGUGGCAUCCUUACGCGGCGGUGGCGGCGGUGACCAGCAUCGUCGUCGUCUCCCCCUUGCUCCGCCAGAGCCAGAAUCCCUGGCGCGGGUGGCCUCCUGCGCGUACGAGGCGGGCACAGCCUGGGGCACCGGCGUCGGCUUCAUGUACCAGUCGGUGGUGGAGGAUUACUUCACGGGCUACCAGCGCUUCUUCUCGCGUGGCUGGACGUCCGCCUACUGCUACCCGGAGCACCGGCCGGCGUUCCUCGGCAGCGUGCCCACCAACCUCAACGACGUGCUGGUCCAGAACAAGCGCUGGAUGUCCGGGAUGCUCGCCGUCGGCGUCUCCAGGCGCCACUCCCCGCUCGCCUGCCGCCCGCUCCUCCGCGCCUCCCUGCUCCAGGCCAUGAGCUACGCCUACUUCGGCUUCGCCGCGCUCUACGCCGUCCCGGUGCUCUGCUACGCCACCCUGCCGCAGCUCUGCUUCCUCCGCGGCGUCCCGCUCUUCCCCUGCCCCGCCGCCGCCGCAGCGGCGUUCGCAUCCUCGCUGCUGCAGCACCUGGCGGAGGUGUGCGUGGCCAAGCGGAGCCUCGCGCUGCGGACGUGGUGGAACGAGCAGAGGUUCUGGGUGCUCAAUGCCAUCACCGGUCAGCUCUUCGGCUGCGUCAGCGCCGCCCAGGAGUUGCUCGGCGCGCUCGCCUUGGACUUCGACCUCACCAGCAAGGCCGCCGACGGGAGGCUGUACCAGGACGGCGUCUUCGAUUUCACGGGCUGCUCCACGCUGCUGCUCCCUGCCACCACGCUCUCCGUGCUCAACGCCGUGGCCAUCGUCGCCAGCACCUGGAAGAUGACGUCGUCAGGCGGCUUCCAAUUCGCCGGCGAGCUGCUCCCGCAGCUGUUCCUCAUGUGCUACGGCGCGGCGCUCAGCUACCCGCUGCUGGAGGGGAUGUUCCUCCGGUGGGAUGCUGCCAGGGUUCCGCCACGCAUCACCGCACUCUCGGUCGCCUUGGCAGCCGUGCUGCUCGCCGUGUUUGGAUGA